UUACCUUCACUGCUGCUUAUUGUCACGUGAUGACAUCAAUUGCUCUGUUAAGUUAUCGACUCCGUUAUUCUGUGUUGGCUGUGAAAUUGUAAGCUGCUAGGUACGUUAAAGUUACCCUCAUCCUACAAAGAAGCCACGAUGCAAAGAUUUGUGGAUAAAAUGGCCAAUGUGGUCAUGAACUACUCUGAUGUAGAGACCAAGGUUCGGGAGGCCACUAAUGAUGAUACCUGGGGCCCACAUGGAUCGACAAUGGCUCAACUAGCCAAGUACACAUUCACUUACGAACACUAUCCGGAGGUCAUGGCUAUGCUGUGGAAACGAAUGUUUGAGGCAAAGAAGAACUGGCGACGAACUUACAAGGCUCUUCUACUACUUAACUACCUGAUUCUCAACGGCUCGGAACGAGUGGUCACAAGUGCUAGAGAGCACGUCUAUGAUAUGAAGCCGUUGGAGAACUACCAGUUCAGUGAUGAGCAGGGCAAGGAUCAAGGAAUCAAUGUCCGACAGAAGAGUAAGGAAAUCGUUGGUUUUUUACAAGACGAAGACAGACUGAGAGAAGCAAGAAAGACUGCUCGCACCAAUCGUGAUAAAUAUGUCGGCAUCUCCAACGAUGAGACCAAAAAAUCAUACAGUGACCGCUACUCACAAGAGCCCCGUUCCAAAGGUACUUAUUACGAUGAGGAUGCUCGAGGACCUGUUCACUCCACCCACUCUGAUGAGGAUGAGGAUAGUCCUGAGAAAGAUACAUCUUCCAGCCCAUUGCCGGAACCGGAACCAAGUUUCAGUGGCUUUGAGAAGAUGAACCGAGACUCUCCCAGCACUGCCAGAAAGACAGGAGGCCAACCAUCCAAACUGGUUGAUCUCGGAGCAGCAGCCACCUUUGCCCAACAGUCGGCUCCCACACAACAGGGGGCCUCGGGCCUAGCACAGCAGGGGCUGUUAUUUGGGGACACACCCUCUCAGCAGCCACAGAAGACUAGCGGUGGAGGUGAUGGCUUUGCUGACUUUGAGGCAGCUUUUAAAGGACCCCCAGAGGAAAGCCAAGCUGCUGGUGGUGGAUUUGGUGAUUUUGCUGGCUUUCAAUCUGUACCAGCUCCCCAACAACCCACACAGCAGCCAGCACAGUUUGCCGACUUUGGAAUCUUUCAGAGCACACCUUCAACUGGGAUGUCUCAGCCUCUAUUGGCUCCCCAGCCUACCACUGGUGGCUCUUUCCUCAUGCCCACUCCCACUGCACAAGAGCAACCUUCACUUCUCGAUAUGUCAGAGCCCAAGCCAGCUGAAAAGGUGUCCACCACUGCUUCCUCUACCAUAUGGAAUGCUGCUGGCAUUAACAUAGAUAUGGACAAUCUAUUGGGUCCUGCCAAACCCAAGAUCGCGUCAAGCACUGGUCGACCUUCUAUGAACCAACUCGCCCAGUCUAGUGUUUCCACCACACCUUCGACUUCCACUAACCCUUCGUUUUCAUCGGGGCCCACCUCCUUCUCUGGGCCUAACUACAACAUCAGCACUUCACCAAUGCCACAACAGUCACGAGCAUCGAUGUCUGGAAUGGGAUUCCAACCUGGUAGAAUGGGAAUGCAACCUGGCAUGAGUGCACCGCUGCAACCUGGAAUGGGAAUGCCAAGAGGAAUGGCGAUGGGACCACAGCCCAACAUGGGCAUGCAAGGAAUGGGGCAACCUGGAAUGGGAAUGAACUAUGGUGGUGGUGCGAGUGGAUAUGGAAACAUGGGCUACAUGCAACCACAGCAGAUGACUGGAUUUGGCGGUGGUAUGACAAACACGCAGAUGAACACUGGAAUGCAAUAUCAGAGACCAUUUUGAUGUAUGCAUAUCGUUUUAGAGUAUAAUAUUAUUAUAUAAUAUAAGUUUUGAGCAUUAAUUUUUGUUUAAACUUUAGUUUUCUUUUGACUUGUACUAAAAAGUAUGUUGAAUGUGGA